AUGUGGAAUCUCUUACACUCCGCUACAAGUUCAGAACUGGUGCUUCAUUCAUCAAUUGAAACUAGCGAAUCAAUUUCAUAUUUGAUAGAACAAUUUAUUAUUAGAAUUAUACUGUUAUACAAUUCUAUUUCGUUUAUUAGUGGUUGUAUGUUGUAUGCUGCUGUUGUUGGGUUUGGGACAUUCUUCCAGAUUGCAACAUCAUCUCUGAACUGUGAGCAAAGAAAUGAGCGAAAUAAAGUAUCUUACACAUCCAUUAAGAAGCCUGAGCAACGAGAUUCAGAAAGGAGAAUGUUGACUUACUACAGAAGGGUCGAAAGACGUGGUUAUAGAAGCAAAUUAUUAGAAAACGUAAGAACUACCACUUCUGAAACAGGAAAUUCUCAAAAUCGUAGGAGCAUUGAGAAAAACUAUGAAAGGAAAUUUUUAGGAAGCCAAAGAAGAAUUAACAGGCGUAACUCUAAAAUUAGGGCUAUCAAAGGUUGUGAAUUUUCUAACGGAGAUCAAUUUUGUAGAAGAAAUAUGGAAAACAAGUCGAUUUUCAUAAGAAGUGUGCAAGAAACUAGAGCUUUAGGAAACCGUCGUGCUGAUAAUAAAGUCUCAGAAAACCGAAGAACACCACAGCAAUAUAUCUCUGAAAGUAGGACUUUGGAAAAUCGAAGAAAUGAAGACUCUGAAAGUUUGUUUCUGGGAGACAGAAAAACAAUGGAGAGGAGGAACUUUAAGAGUGAACAGUGGAAAGAAACCGAAACGCAUGGUUCUCAGAAGCAAACAUUGUAUGAACAGACAAAAGAAAAACACGAUUUUCAAACUAGGACUUUCAAAAACCUUAGAAGAACCAAAACACCUGACUCUGGCAGGCGGACAAUGGAUAUCAUUAAGUCAAAUGAGAGACGUGUUUCUCAAAGUAGAAGGAUGGAGAAUCGAAGAACAAACAAGAAGCGUGUUGUAGAAAACCAAACAGGGGAACACCGAAGAACAUUCGGAAAACGAGAGACUGAAACUAAGACUUUAGAAAACAUGAAAGCAAAAAAGAUGCAUGAGCCUGAAAGGCAAAAGUUGGAAUUCAGUAGGUCAAAUGAGAGACGUGUUUCCCAAAUUAGAACUUCAGAAAACCAAAGAAAAAACAAUCUGAGGGUUUCCGAAAGACAAACAGAGCAACACCGCAGAACACUCGAAAGGCCUGAAAUUAGGACUUUAAAAAAAUUGAGGACAAACAAGAUGCAUGACUACAAAAGGCAAACAUUGGAAAUCAAUCGUUCAAGUGACAAACGUGUUUCCCAAAGUAGAACUACGAAAAAUGGAAGAACAAAUGAGAGUCGUAUUAUGAAAAAUCAAACAGGAGAUAGGCGUAGAACACUCGGGAGACGUGAUACUAAAACUAGGACUUCACAAGACUUGAAAGAAAACGAUAUGCAUAGUUCUGAAAGGCAAACAUUAGAAUUUAGUAGAUCAAAUGAAAGACGUGUUUCUCAAAUUAGAGCUUCGGAAGACGAAAGAAAACACAAGCUGAAUGUUUCUGAAAGAGAUUCUAAGGAACAUCGCAGAACGUUCCAAAGACGCGAGUUUCAAACUAGGAGUUUAGAAAACAAGAGAACAGAUAAGAUUCAUGAUCCUGAAUGGCAAACAUUGGAAUUAAGUCGGUCAAAUGAGAGACGUCUAUCACAAAGUAGAACCAUGGAAAACGAAAGAAGAAGCGAGAGACGUAUUUUGGACAGACAAACAGAGGAAUACCGCAGAACACUCGAAAGAAGUGAGUUUCAAACUAAGAGCUUAGGAAACUUGAGAACAGAUAAAAUUCACGAUCUCCAAAGGCAAACACUGGAUUUCAGUAGGUUAAAUGAGAGACGUGUUUCUCAAACUCGAACUUCACGAAACAGAAGAAAAAACGAACUGAGUGUUUCUGAAAAACAACCAGGGGAAUACCGCAGAACACUCGAAAGAUGUGUGUCUGAAAUUGGAACAUUAAAAAACUUGAGAACAAAUAAGAUUCAUGAUCCUGAAAGGCAAACAUUCGAUGUCAAUAUGUUAAAUGAGAGACGCGUUUCUCAUAUUAGAACUUUGGAAAACCAUAGAAUGAACGAUCUUAGUGUUUCUGAAAGAGAAACAGCGGAACGCCGUAAAACACCUGAAAGAGUCGAGACUGAGUCUAGGACUUUAGCAUAUAUAAGAACAAACAAGAGGUAUGAUUCUGAUAAGCGUGUAUUGGGCUACAGUAGAACAAAUGCGAGACAUACUUCUCAAAUUCGAGGUGGGGAAAACGGAAGAAUAAACGAGAUGCGUGACUUGCCAAAGCGAGCAAGUGAACUACAAACUAGACUUAAAAUACGUGACACUCAAACUAGGUCUUUAGAACACCAUAGAAUAAAUGAAAGGCAUGAUUCAAAACUGCAAACUUUUCAACACGACAGUACAAACAAAAGACGUAAUUUACAUCGUGGACUUUUUCCGACCGAACGAAAAGUAACUCUAAGAGAUAACUCCCAGGUGAAGGAUUUAGAUAAUGGAAAAACUACGGAAAGUCAAACUUCGAAAAACCGACGAAAUGACAAAUCUUUUCGAACUGCUCGUAAUAUGGAUUUUCGAUUUGCCACACUAAAAUCCUGGGCUCGAUUCCGCGCGGUGAACAGAGUGAAGAUAUCCAGCUGUGUAGCUUUGCACAAAGAAAACAACAACAACGAUAACUGA